AGAUAAAAAAAAAACCUGUUUUGUAUGCACAAAGAGUUCCAGCCGUUCAACAAUGGCACUAGAAAAUUGUGAUUUCAAGAUCCGUAACAAUCAGGGAAAUGUCUUCAGUAAAAUUCAAAUGUGUACCUUGAACGCAAGUCACUUUGGAUAAACGCAUCUGCCAAAUGCAUAAAUGUAUUAUGGUUACAAUAGUUGCCAUAGAUUUUAGCUACAGUGGUUUUAGUAAAAGUGGGUCAAAAUGUUUUAUCAUGGAUUGCCUUUUAAAAAUCAGGAACCAAUCAAAUUAAUAUUUAUAACUCUAAUUUUCAAACGAAAACAUAUAAUGUAAAUGAGCUUCAGAUGGGGUUUUUAAAUGUUUGGAUAGUCGGGUACAAAAAUGCACUGGUACUAAAUCAGUUGUGACGAUCUGUUUUAAAGUUAGAUUUAAUACGUUUUAUGAAUAAUGAGCAUACUGUUAAUGGCUAACAUGGAACGGCUUAUAUCACUAUAACAUUUUGAAAGGGUUGCUCUAAAAAAAAAUUCUAUUCACUAUUUUAAGUCACUGCAUUCCCUCCUGCACACUAUCGUCGCUAUUAUAGGCGUGUUGUAAGGCAUAUGCUCGUGCUGUUAUACCGCGUGCAGAAGUGACACUGAGGGCCCAUGAUCUUACACCCACCCACCUGUGCUUACGUUUGUUUCUACCUGUCGCUGCUCGGGUGUAUAUUACUGUGACCGAGAUGCUGACAGUCAACACGACCUGUUAAUAUUUCAGCACUUUCGUCGGUGUCUCCGCUCCCAAAUCCGUUCCGUGUGUUUCUUGGCCUCGGUUUCGCACCUAUUAUCUGCUGCUGUUUAAUUAGGUGACUGAUGUAGGAUUGAGUUGCGGUGACACGGCAGCCGUGAUGGAACAGAGACGAGAUCCAGGAAUCACUACACAGAGAGGCUACACUGCAGGGCACAGUAUGUUAUGUUAGGUAUCUUAUGGAAUCAAAAUAAAUGAAGUCUCUCCCGACAGUGGUCAUACUCGUGUUAAAUUAACAACUACAUCGGGAUUUUCCUCAGUAAAAAUGCACCAGGGAGGGAGUUUGAUGUUGCUCAUACUCAGCAUCAUUUUAGGGGUUGCAUGUGUUGGCUCCAUAAAACCCUCAUCACCCAAGACCAUCAUCAGACAGAGUGAAAAGAGCUCCAGGAGUGAGGAUGAAUUUGAGAGGAACAUCAAAGUGUUGAUAGAGAACAUCAGAUCCUUGUCAAAAGAAGAACAGGGAGAAGAGGCCUCACCAAAUCUCCAUCAGAGAAUGAGCGGAAUGUCAGCACCCCUUGAGAGAAUGGCAACUGACAGCACUAGCUUAGAUACUUACUUGACAAUAUUCAGCAGUUUAUUUUCUAUAGACCAGACCACGCUGAUUGACAGUUUCAUUGAAACUCUUCCUCAGGCUUUAAUUUGCAUUUUGGCGGACAGACAGCCCUGUGGAUGGCAAGCAGAUUUAACCAGUACCGUUUCAUCUGCACUGAAUGAACAAUUACUUUCUGUGAUCUCCUCUGUUAAAGCUGAAGCUUGCAUGUCAACAUCUAAUCUGCGAAUGGCAGACCCCACCGUGGCUCAAUUAAACUCUCUUCAGGAGAUGUUGACGAAUGUUUUGUCCUCAGACCUCUCACUUUAUCUGCAAUCAGACAACUUUUUAGCCUUAUGGAAUAGUUUUAUGGACAUGGCUUUUCCACCUGUGAUGUCAUUCAUGUCUGAUGUCAUGUUGAGUGCACUUCAAACUCCAUUGGAUUUUCUAAAACUUGGAUUACAGUUUGGUAUUGAGAUCCCUACCCUAGACCAGAGUGAGAAGUGUCAACAAGGUGACCUCAAACAGCUUAUCAUGUGGGGCAUAAAUCAUAAUGUGAGCUGGUCUUUUGGACAGUCACUUCUGGAUAUGAUUUUGGUUCCUGAAACUCCUCCUUGCAGUUUCCCAGGUCCAGAAUGUCAGGCCACAAGCAGCAUCCAGUUCGGUCGUAAUGGCCCCCCCUCAGUGGACAUUCCUACGUCUGUUCUCACCUGCGAACAACAAAACCUGAACCAACUUAACGAAACCCUUUGUGCAGCAAUUUUAGGAGCAAAAUCUCAGGAAUCGUAUGUCCUUUAUCAGAUGUGUCGAGCACUCAGCACACUCUCUCAAACUGAAUUGACAAAAGUAUGGAGGAACAUGUGUCACAUUAUCAAGAAUGGCAUCUUACCUCUUAUUGAGCCCUGCAGUGAUCCUGGCACCGCACAAUCAAGUCGUAUAGCACGGUCCACUCUCAGCCUCAGCGAACUCCUUUGCGACUACCAGAACUGGACUAUUGAUGGUGCCACAGACCCAGCAUUGGUCACAAUGUGCAGUGAAAAUGAUCGUGCGGCAUUCAUCCUUGCUGUGUGUAACAACGCUGAAGUUAUGCAAGUGUUGGUCAGAAAUCCUAAUAAUGCUUGGGUUUGGGAAUUCUGUGCAAACACAUCAGACUCAUACAUAGUGAACCUGUAUUGUUCAUAUAACAUAUGGACUGCUGAAACCAUCGACCCAUCAAUAGUGACGUUCUGCUGGUAUAAUGACAUGGAGAGAUUUCAGUUUUUUUUGUGUGACAGUAUGGCCUUCUUUAUGGUUGUGUUCUCCACUGAAGAAAACAACUGGCUGAAGCCCAAUUGCUCUGAACCUCCUCCACAAAUUGACAUCAACACCUUUGUGGCUGAGUCUUGCAAAUACUCUGAAUGGAAGAAUGUACAAGCAAUCAGCCCUGAACAGAUCUCUAUAUGUAUCCAAAAUGAUGAGGUUCGGUUUAUUAAUGAGGUGUGUGUUGACCACAAGUUCAUCACUCUACUUGUGCAGAACAGCGCAAAUGCUUGGGUACAGAAAUAUUGCACCUACUCUAUCAGGAAUCCCCCUACAAGUCCACCACUGCUGAAUAUCGAAGUUUGGUGUAACUAUAACAAAUGGACUAACAUGUCUGUAGAUCCGUCUGUGGUCGCUCUAUGCUGGCAGUACGACCAGAUUGGCUUCCAUCAGAACGUCUGCUGCAACAUACCCUUGUAUGACAAGUUGUCCAUUCAUGUUGACAACCAGUGGAUGAUUAGAGAGUGCUCUAAUAAUGACACCACAAGCAUGUUGGAGCAGGUUUGCAUCUAUUCAGAUUGGAGCCAGCCUACUGUAGUAAACAUGACUGACCUUGCUCUCUGUGCAGAUCUUGACACUGAGAACUUCACUCGGAAUGUAUGUGCCAAUGCAACAGUUUUCCAGAAUUUGCUGGCCAAUUUAGACGGCACCUGGUUAUUGGAGCAAUGCUCAAACCUGACUGCGCCUGGCCCAGGUGGUGGGGCUGGGAACGGGGGGGGCCUGGUGAGUUUCCGACCAGCUGAGCAGUGUCAGUACUCCAAUUGGGCUUUGGUGCUCCCGGACGCUGCUCUCCUCACUCUUUGCUGGGAAUAUGACCAGGCCAACUUUAUCUCCUUUGUCUGUGCUGACUCUUCCAUGCUCACCCACAUCACUCAGGAGGCCUCCAGCCUCCGGGUUGGCAGUCUCUGUGCCACAUACACAGCUCCCCAAACCACCACCAUCAGUGGGAGCAAUGAAACAACUCCCCAGCCAUGCUUAACUAGGGAGUUAGCUAAAAGGCUAAACUGGACAUGCAGCACAGACUUCAGUGCUGUCUGCCAACCAGGUGCCAGUCAAGUCCAGGGUCUUCGGGUGCUGUUGCGCUGUGGGAUAAAGAUCCUCCAACCUCGCUUGGAGAAUCUCAUGACUACAGAGGUGACAUCGAUGGUCAAGCAGGCCACCAACCUGUGGGUUGUCCUGCUGUUGGCUCUAGAAGAAAGCCAAAUUACCUCUCUAAGGAUGACAGAGAAUAUUCGGCUUAGUGUUUUGGACUCAGUUGUCGCCUACAUGGACAAUGAAACCAACUUUGACAACAAGCGUGUGCUUUUGCAGUGCUUUGGGAAAGUUCUGACCAGUCUGAUGCAAAUAGGAAGAAAUAUGCCCACUAACUUUUUCCUGAUCAAGGAGUAUUUCCGCAUUCCUCUAUCUCAUCUGAGAUCAGUGCUCAGUGCAGCAGACAGCAUAAUCGUGAGGGAGAUUCUGCUGUACUAUAACAGGAACACAGCCACUUUGCAGCUAACAGAUGAUUACCUGCACACCAUGGUGUCUGUGCUUUUCCAAAUACACCUGCCCAAGGAUAUUAGCCUGUUUUCUGACAUGGGUAUUUUGUUGGCUCUAGCUACACCUUCAGACAUCUUGUCAAUGCCGCUACAAAAUAAUAUCAAUGCGUUAAGCAUAAUUAACUUCAGCAUAAAAAACCUUUCCCUGGAGCAGCAGCAAGCGUUUGGUCGGUGGUUCAGUCAGUCCAUGAGCUUACCUAACAUGACAGCCGGCAGCUUAUCCGUUAUCAGAGACACUGGUAACCUGAUCGCCUAUCUGCCCUUUCAGAGCUUCCAGUACUUCUCACCUGCUCAGCUGCUGGAUGGUUUGGAUGUUCUGAUGAGUAACGCGUUGACUCCACUUAAGCAGCAGUUCAUUGCUCAGAGUCUCACUGGAACCUUCCGGAAUCUCACUGUUGACGAGUUCAGGAGGUUAGGUAAUCUGUCCUGUCUGGCUCACCCCAGCCAGCUAAUGGCAUAUGCAGGAACGGAAGCCUUCUCUGUGAUCAAGGACAACAUUAGGACAUGUGCAAUUCAGGGUUUUAGUGUUCCUAGCAAUAUGAUAUCCAGCAUGGUCUUGAAAUCGUCUGACCUGCAGUCUCCCUCCAGUCUCACUCCUCAGAGAGUCUCUGAGCUUGGCCCUUUUCUGCCCCUUCUGGGAUCCAGUGUCCUACAGCAGCUUACCUCAGCCCAGCUCAUGCCUGCUCUCAGCACCCUCGCCUCUGUGCCUUUUACCCCUGCACAGGCAAGUGUUAUCAUCGACAAGAUCUCUGCCAAUCUUAGUUUGGCUCUACCAGGCUCUGAGCAUUUGUCUAUGCUGGGAUCUCUUGUGAGUGGAGUAAAGGUGGAGACUCUAUGGACUUUACCAACUGAUGUUCUGCUGGAAGCGUUACCUGCUAUAAGCCUUCAGACACCUGGGCUCACCCCUCCACAGGUCAACACUAUCAUCUCCAAACUCUGGGGUUUUAGUUCUGUGUCCCAGUGGAUGGAUAAAGUCAGUCCUUUGCUCUCUAGCACUCCACUCCUCAGUGUGAUUCCCCAAGUCCCUCUGCUCCUGAUCAGAGACACUGCUGUACACACUCGCCUCUGGAACACACAGCAGGCUAAAGUUCUCUUUAAAGAGGCUGUCGUCUCUCACUCAAGUCUCUCACUACAAGAAUUUCUAUCUCUGGGGAUUCUGGCUACAGGAGUGAGUUGCACAGACCUGAGAAGAUUGUUCCAGAAACUGGCAUCUCUGUCUCCUCUACGUGACAUUAUGACAUUUCUGAGAGAGCAGCCUGUGCCACUCCACCCAUCGCUGAAAAAGUGUGUAUUUGAGGAACUGUAUAGGUUUGACUUCUUCACAGAAUUACUUGGAGAUUUGGGUUCUCAGAUUGCUCUGUCACUUCCGCUGAGUACCAUUAAGAAAUUUCCACCAGAUAAGAUGGAUUCCCUGAGGAAAAUUAUAAUACAGGACCCAUAUUACUUCCUACUGCUUCCCAGCAUCAAACAAGCUGUCCUGGUGGACAAGAUGGUUCAACGACUGGAUAUGUACACUGGCCUGUACACUGAAGAGGAGUUUCGUUCGCUAGGGAUCAUGGCUACAUUUGUGACAGAUGAAAUGUUUUUGAAAUUGGAUAGGAGCUUUUUUGUUGAUAGUCUGGAGUUCCUACAAGGAUUCUGCUACAGUCCCAAUAAAAGAGACCUGGUGGCAAAGAUGCUAGAGGAACAGUGGACAUUUGGCCCUGUGAAAAACUGGACAUCAGAGACUCUGAACCAAGUGGACCGCUUCUUGUUUUUUCUUCCGAAGAACACUAUUCAGCUCAUCCCCUUAGAUUUGAUGAGCUUAGAGCGCAUCGAGAGGCUGUUCCUGAGUCAGCAGGAGUGGGAGAAAGGAGAGUUUGGCUCUCUGUGUCAGAAACCCUCAGAGCUGUUUGAAAAGCAGCAGUUUGUGCUUCAGUUCUUCCUCGGCUUCCUCAGAAUUGGACGUGUCCCUUAUACUGGACUGAUCCCCUCUUGUGAGAGCCUGCAUGUGACACAACCUGCUGCCUGGACUAUUGACAGCCUUAGAAACAUGCCACAAGCUGCAUUUCGGAGGUGCUUGGAGCUCAUUGGCCAGGAUCCGUUUUUCAGUGCAUACGAGCUGUUAAUGCUCCUUACAAAGACCAAAGAGGUGUAUGGGAUGCCUUCCUCUUUUAACUCUUCGGUGAUCUCUCAGUUGGGUCGCAUUGCCACUCAGCUCACACUUGAAGAAUUGGCCUCUCUUAGACUCUCUGAAAUUCAGUCAAUUUCAGCAAUGGGGGCUUUCAACACAUGGACCAGCAGACAGCUGAAAUUACUGUUCUCCGUGGUUCUGAACUCAACCAGAAAGACUCCUAGCCAGUUAGACUCCAGCACUUUUGUGGCAUUGGGGCACAUUGUGUGUGGGAUUGAUGCACCAAUCAUGCGCAACCUGAAUCCAGUGGAGUUCAGUAAAGCAGUUUUGUGGCUUGGCCGUUUGAAUUUGUCUUGCUCUGAGCAGCAGCUGCAGGCAUUGAUAGGGCUGCUCAGUCAUAGCUUGGCAUUUGGACCGGUCAGCUCCUGGGGAUCAGAGGUCUUCAUUGAGAUCGGAGCGAUUGCAGCGGGCCUACCUGACAUAGCCAUGUCUGCUUUGGUGAGGGAACAAAUUGAAGGAAUCACCCCACUUGCAAUCUCUCUCAUCCCAGCGGGCAAAUUUGCAGUAGUGUUUAACCAGGCACAGAUUCGUAUGUUCACCUAUGAUCAGGCCAUUGCUGUGACUGAGGCCCAGCGCUCCGCUCUGUCUACAGUACAGCAGACGGCCCUGUCCAUGGUGCUCAACCCCUGGGAGGACAAACCCAUUGAUUUCAGAGGCAUGUCACUGGGAGUUGCAAUGCACCCCAGUCCUUUUUUCUACGUCUCCAGCGUCCUGAUAAUGCUGCUGUUUUCUCUGGGAUGAGUUCGGUCUGUUGCUGCUGAAUUGCUGCUAUACUGAAUCAAACUUUUCUUUCCAAAUAUGUGCAAUGUGAUGUAGCUGUAUCACUGUAUAUAUAAGACUUAUGAGAAAUACAAGAACAAUAACUCAUGGAAAUAUUUCUUUCAGCACUUUAUAAUAGUUGGUCAGUGAAAAUGUGAUUUUGUUUGAUUGUUUUUGAAUAUUUGCUUACUUGGAGAGUAAUGUAUCAACCUAGGUAUGUAAUUGCCUAAACUGAUAUGGUUUGACUUGUGCUUUAUGUUCAAUUUCUUGUCCUGUUUAUUAUUAAUAUUAUUUAUUUAUUUAACUGCUAUAACAGCCUUCAUACAUUGAAAUUCUUGAAAAAUAUCAGAAGGGGUUGUAUAAACUUAAAGAAAAAACUUGAUUGUGAAGUUUGCUUUUUCUUUCAUUUGUAAACUCAUGUUUUUAAUUUGGCUACUUUUGCAACUGUACCUAUUUCUCAUAAUAUUGCAUGCUGCCUGAUGUCAGACUAUAUUUUAAUUUUGUAUUGUUGUGCAUAAACCGAUGCAUAUAUCCUUGAAAAUAAAGCAGUGGCGUAACUUAUGUUUUAAAAAGUGGGUGGGACAG